CUCACACCUCUCUCCCCCUUGCCCCAUCAAGAGCAACCAAUCUUCCGCAUCGACAAGUACUUUAUCAAUCAAAAAAUAUUAGAAAAACAUGUCUUCAGACACGAGCACUCACAACGGCAAUGUGCGCGCGGCCGCCCAGACCCAGGCAUCCAAUGUCUACUCUGUCGCUCAGCGCUCCCUCGACCGCGUCGUCCCGGCAUCCUCGCGCCAGGCUGUGUAUGAAAAUGCGUCCGAGUUCGCGCACACAAGGCCAAUUCUCUUCUCAUUCGUAGUGGCGCAGCUCGCAUUCUCCUUCCUGCCCAUCCUGCUCUUCAUCGCGUUCAGCGUGUCGACCGUCGCGUUGGCGCUCGGCGUCGCUGUGGUCUUUAGUCUUUUCUGGAUAAGCGUGGCUUUCAUGGUUCUCGUUCCGACGUUACUGGUCACGUCUUCCAUUGCGGUUUUGGUCUGGGGCUGGGCUAUCGGAAGCUUCCUCAUUGCACGAUGGCUCUAUGUCCACUCGCCUAUCGGUGUUAAGGGAGACCUGCAGGUAGAUGCCGCUGGUCGCAAGAUGGAGGUGAGCAAGAACGAGAAGGGCGUGGAUGGCAGGGUUGAGCGAAAGGAUUGAGCUCGAUACGUAGCACGCUCCCACCUCCUUGACGAAUGUAUGAAUAAAAGCUCGUGUUUCCAGUGCUUUCCAUUCCUAGAGACCUGUCUAUCCCAUCCCAGCAGUUACGUAUUACAGAUACAGACCCUCUGGCUCGCCCUCCUGCUUAGUACGGAGCACACGCUCGCGCGCAGAUCGCAAGUCCGCCAUCUGCACGCGCAUUCUGCGCUCGCGUAGCGCCAGCAUACCAGCCUCCGAGCAGAUCGCCUUGAUGUCGGCACCUGACAAGUCGUCCUUUUGCGAGAUGAACUCCUCCAGGUCGACG